AGCGUUUUGAAACGUCAGUCAUGAACAGGUUGCGUCAGGUGCGAUCGACGUUCGCACUUCGCACCAGUUCAUACACGGCAGAACUGGGCAGGACAUUGACAGGCGAACUGAGGCGAACCUGCGAGCCGUCGAAGAGUGCGCGACAAACAUGAACAGAACGCAGGAAAAGGCUGUCAAAGAGGACGAGAGUAAUCUCUUCAAUCCCGCUAUACUGGACAGAUUGCCGAUAUCGCAUGUUGCUGGGUUACUCAUAAGACCGCUGAAAAAUACAGAUUAUGACAAAGGUUUCUUAGUCCUGCUGUCACAAUUAACAGAUGUUGGAAAUGUCACCAAAGAACAAUUCUUAAAUAGAUUCUAUAGUAUGAAGACUGCUGGUGGUUACUAUGUCAUCGUUAUCGAGGAUAUAAAUUCUGGAAAAGUGAUAGCAUGUGCGUCAUUAGUCGUGGAGCAAAAGUUUAUUCAUAAUUGUAGUUUGCGAGGACGCCUGGAAGACGUAGUGGUCAACAACAAUUACAGAGGCAAAUCGUUGGGAAAAUUAGUAGUGACAAUCGUAGUGCAAUUAGCGCGCUACUUUCACUGUUACAAAUUAUCCUUGGACUGUGUUGAUCGUCUGGUGCCAUUCUAUGAGAACAUAGGCUUCAAGCGGGAGACUAACAAUGCCAAUUAUCUCAAUAUGCGCUUCCACUGUGAGAACACCACCGAACAGUCUCAUUUAUAGUAACAGGCUUAUCGCGGCCUUAUCUAUCGGUAAUGGUAAUCCAGUCCAUGGUACUGCGUACGUAUCAACUGGAAAAUUGAAACAUUGCAUUAUAUCUCAAAGUUAUAUUUAAAGAACAUAUGAAUACAUAUCCAAAAUUGGACGCAAAUGUUUCUUUAUUAAACAAAACAUUAUAAUUUGUAUAUUCUCUCUAUAAAGAAAAUCUCAUUAUUGAAGAAUUUAAAAAAAAAUUAAUAUACUUUUAUUUAUAAGAAAAAUUUAUGUUACUAACAAUUGUGCGAACUAAAAUUAUUUUAUAUUUGUUUUUUUUUUCAUAUAUUAACAUAGUAUUACAUAACUAAUGUGUUUGUGUGUACGCGCGUGUUCCAAUCUUGAAAAAUGGAUUCUAUACGCAUAUAAAAUACACUGUCGCAUUACAUUAUAGACUGUAUAGGUUGUAAAGAAAAUAACUGUUAAAUAAAAUAAUUAACUUUUACUUAA